AUGCCGACCCAGAGGGACAGCAGUACCAUGUCUCAUCCAGUCGCAGGCGGCUGCAGCGGGGACCAUGCUCACCAGGUCCGGGUGAAAGCCUACUACCGCGGGGAUAUCAUGAUAACCCAUUUUGAACCUUCAAUCUCCUUUGAGGGCCUUUGUAAUGAGGUUCGAGACAUGUGUUCUUUUGACAAUGAGCAGCUUUUCACCAUGAAAUGGAUCGAUGAGGAAGGAGACCCAUGUACAGUGUCAUCUCAGUUGGAGUUAGAAGAAGCCUUUAGGCUUUAUGAACUAAACAAGGAUUCUGAACUCUUAAUUCAUGUAUUCCCUUGUGUACCAGAACGUCCUGGAAUGCCCUGUCCAGGAGAAGAUAAAUCCAUCUACCGCCGAGGUGCACGCCGCUGGAGAAAGCUCUAUUGUGCAAAUGGCCACACUUUUCAAGCCAAGCGGUUCAACAGGCGUGCCCACUGUGCCAUCUGCACUGACCGAAUAUGGGGACUUGGACGCCAGGGAUAUAAGUGCAUCAACUGCAAACUACUGGUUCAUAAGAAGUGCCACAAACUUGUCACAAUUGAGUGUGGGCGGCAUUCUUUGCCACCGGAACCAAUGAUGCCCAUAGAUCAGUCAUCCAUGCAUUCAGAGCAUGCACAGACAGUAAUUCCAUAUAAUCCUUCAAGUCAUGAGAGUUUAGACCAAGUUGGUGAAGAAAAGGAGGCAAUGAACACCAGGGAAAGUGGCAAAGCUUCAUCCAGUUUAGGUCUUCAGGAUUUUGAUUUGCUCCGGGUUAUAGGAAGAGGAAGUUAUGCCAAAGUACUACUGGUGCGAUUAAAAAAGACAGAUCGUAUUUAUGCAAUGAAAGUUGUGAAGAAAGAGCUUGUCAAUGAUGAUGAGGAUAUUGAUUGGGUACAAACAGAGAAGCAUGUUUUUGAGCAGGCAUCCAAUCAUCCUUUUCUUGUUGGGCUACAUUCUUGCUUUCAGACAGAAAGCAGAUUGUUCUUUGUCAUAGAGUAUGUAAAUGGAGGAGAUCUAAUGUUUCAUAUGCAGCGACAAAGAAAACUUCCUGAAGAACAUGCCAGAUUUUACUCUGCAGAAAUCAGUCUAGCAUUAAAUUAUCUUCAUGAACGAGGAAUAAUUUAUAGAGAUUUGAAAUUGGACAAUGUAUUGCUGGAUUCUGAAGGACACAUUAAACUCACUGACUACGGCAUGUGUAAGGAAGGAUUACGACCAGGAGAUACAACCAGCACUUUCUGUGGUACUCCCAAUUACAUCGCUCCUGAAAUUUUAAGAGGAGAAGAUUAUGGUUUCAGUGUUGACUGGUGGGCUCUUGGAGUGCUGAUGUUUGAGAUGAUGGCAGGAAGGUCUCCAUUUGAUAUUGUUGGGAGCUCUGAUAACCCUGAUCAAAACACAGAGGACUAUCUCUUCCAAGUUAUUUUGGAAAAACAAAUUCGCAUACCACGUUCUCUGUCUGUAAAAGCUGCAAGUGUCCUGAAGAGUUUUCUCAACAAGGACCCAAAGGAACGAUUGGGUUGUCAUCCUCAAACAGGAUUUGCUGAUAUUCAGGGACACCCAUUCUUCCGAAAUGUUGAUUGGGAUAUGAUGGAGCAAAAGCAGGUGGUGCCUCCCUUUAAACCAAAUAUUUCUGGGGAAUUUGGUUUGGACAACUUUGAUUCUCAGUUUACUAAUGAACCUGUCCAGCUCACUCCAGACGAUGAUGACAUUGUGAGGAAGAUCGAUCAGUCUGAAUUUGAAGGUUUUGAGUAUAUCAAUCCUCUUUUGAUGUCUGCAGAAGAAUGUGUCUGAGCCCAUUUCUCAACUCUGCAGUUUGCUUGUGUUGCCAUCUAAUGCAUGAAUAAACAUGUUAUUAGCCUGGAUGCAACGAACCAUUUUGUAUUUUUCACCUACAUAAAAGCACUCAAUAUCUGCUAUUCUUAGCUAUAAGAGUCAAUUAUUACAUUUAACUAUGAAAAAAAUGAAAUUAGUGUCCAGUCAUGUCAAAAUUUAGUUGUACUGGUAAUCCAACAGUUUACUGAUGAAUAAUGAGGUUGUCUGUUUUGUUUAAAGGAAAUACUUAGCACUGCUUUUAAACAGAGUAUCUGUUGCAUUAAGGCACAUUGUGGGAUUACAUCAUAAGCCUCCUGUGAUUGUUGUCACUCCUCUUUAAGUCAUUUAAGUGAUAAUUUUGGAAUAAAAGAGUAAUUCAAAAUAUAGCAACCUUUUAUAUUUCCUAUUGCUUUCUGACUUCUUUGUGUUUAAGAUUCAGCUAUUUAGCUAUAAAUUUUAUAAUUGCCCUGGAUAAUUAAAUUAUUGAUUUUUAAGACAACAGUUAUUAAAUUGGUAAUAAAAAAUAUUACUUGCUUAGAAUUUGGGAAUACAGAUUCUCCUUGAGGAAAAAAGUAGGCACAUUUUAUUAAGAAUCAGAUUCCAAAUCAUUAGCUGAUACAAGUGAUUUCUUUAGCAUUAUUAAGGGUUAGCAUCUAAGCUUGUCUUUUUAGCUAACACUUUAACUGUGCUGGUAGUAGGUGUAGUUCAAAGGACCCAGGCUACAGUUGAAUAGAACAUUUCUCAGUAUAUUGGAAGGUAAAAAGAGAAAUUUAAAAUAGGUAUAAAAAAAGCAAUGAUAUCAUUUAUUUCUUAUUGGAGAGUAAAUCCUACUGUUGCUUUUGGUGGUUUGAUUUAAAUAAUAAGGAAGUGUUCACUUGCUACCAAACUUGUAAAAGCAUUCCAUUAUCCAGUGAAGAGAGAAUGUAUACUAAUUUUUCCUUAUAAUUUAGUGUCUUGAUUUUACUCGUUUCUUCCCCAGAACCACAUUAUCCAUACUUUUCUGGACCUUGUUUCUGUAGUCUUCAGUGAAAUCCAAGAAAAAUAAUAAACAUGAAUAAAUGUUCAGGACAAGCACAUUCAAUCCCAUACUUCACAAUUCCAGCUCCUUAUAUUAGCUUUUGUUAAGAAGGUAACAAUCAGGGGCAGAGUUCUUCGGAUUAUUUUUUAUUAUUAAAGGAUGCCACCAGUAACAUCUUCGGUUGCUUAUUUUAGUUUUUUUUUUAUGAAAAGAGACUUUAAGAGUAACUAUAACAUGAUCAUCUAAAUUAUAAUUGUCCUAUCUUAGAAAAUUUAUUUCAGGGAAGCUAUCUAGCCUUAAAUUUAGAAUGAUUUAUAAUUUGUAAGCAUUUAAUAAAUUAUCUCUUUUUUUUUGGAUGCUACAUUUCUCUAGAAAUGUAGUUUUUCCAAAGUUUCUGGCCAUGUACUCUCUUUUCUUCAAAUAACUAAGUCUAGAAGCAUGAAAACCUCAAAGGAAAAUGUUUAUAUACAUUCACAUGUUUAUGUAAGAACUGUAUAUCUUUCUCUUAAUAUCUGAAACUUGUUUUAAAAGCAGUAUUCACUUCAACUCAUAAACUUAGAGAAAAUUCUGACAUUUCAGAAAUGUUUGUGUUCUUGCUUUUAAGUGGUGCUGUUUUCCCCAGGGCAUUUAGUUCUGAAAUUUUAGAGUGCGGAAUAACCACCUAGGAAGUUUGUUUAAAAGGUACAUAACCUGGGUUAGAAUUCUGUGGGGUCUUUGAACCUCACUGAGAAACACUUUCUUUGAGUUACUCCUUUAUUUUGUCCUAUAGUUAUAUAUUAGAAAGAAUAUUCAGGAUAAAACAUUUUUGAGAAGGGAUAGGCAAUGAGUUACUAUCUUAUCUACAAUUUUAAGUAAAUUUCGAAUGAAUAACUUGUUAAAGCUAGGUAUCUUCUCCGAAAAAAAAAAGACCCACCAGCUCUUUAUCAAUGUUACAAACGACAAACGUUUUUCUGUGACAAGCUUUUAAGCAUUUUUCAGAGUUGUCUUCUGUUUUUAAAUCUUUCUUUUAAACAAUUAAGUUUCACUGUGUAUAUUUUAUACAGAAUUGCAUUACAAAUAUGUUUUUAAUUGUGUUCUGUUUUUGUAGUCUUUAAGUGCCACGCCAAUUGUUUUUAUAUUAUACAGAAGUUCUCUCAAAAUACCAGGGGAAUAAGGCAGUUGACAGAAUGGUUGGAAUUUUGGUGUUCUAAGAGAAAAUUUAUUUUGUACAAAUGUGUAUGUGUUCAGACCAUUUUAUAUGUAUGCCACCUGAAUUGGAUAUCAGGUAUUAUGCUUGGUUAGUACCUCUACAUUUACUUUUUAAAUUUUGUUUUGUUCUGUGUAAUGUAAUCUGUAUUUGUAUACCUGUUUUUUUACUUUAAAAUCUUGAAAUAAAAUGUUUAAUGCUCAU